UUGAAUAUCAAGAUGAUAAUUUACUAGGCUAUACUGCAGCUUGAAAACCAUUUUAUUCUUUGAAUGCCUUCUGUACGUACUUAUGAGGAAACUAGUAAAGUGUUCAUAUUUUUUUUUAAAUGCGAAAGCUUAUGGUCACGUUUACAAGGAGAUGGCAGACAUGGCACAGUACUCUUUGACAAAGAAGCAUUCGCUGCUAAGGCUGAAGAGAUAUUCAAUAAAAUUAGGAAAGCAUUGGAAGGGAAACCUUAUGAAAGCAUGGUGUCAAGUUUCUUUGCUAUUGAGAACAGCUUACCGUUUGCCAGGACCAACGCUUCCAACAUCAUGAACCAAAUUUUAAAGUUCGCAAAGCAGAUGGUUAGAAAACUACCUUUGAAAUGGUUGCGUGUUCAACAGGAAAUUCAGAAGUUGAAGGUGAAGAAUAUCUAUUUACCAACCAAUGAGGUGAUUGCUUUGGUUGAGCAGUGUGGGAUGAAACAAGACGCUCAAAGGGUACUGCUUGAGUAUUUACAUGGCCUUGGCGAGAUUCUCUACUUUCCCGAUGACAACGCUCUAAAGGACAUCAUUGUUUUAGAUUUGAUGAAAAUAGUCGACAUGUUUAAAACAAUAAUCACCGUUAUUGAGCCUAAGCUUAUGAAACCAAAGCACAGAGAGGCCUGGAGGAGGUUGGACUCGGGGAUCCUAGAGGAGCAUCUUUUGAGACACCUCUGGAAGGAGUUCAAUUUUUCAGAUAAGACGUUUGACUUCUUCGUAUCUCUCAUGCAGAAGUUUGGACUGGUGUGCGAAAGAAAGGGCGCUGAACGUAUUUUCUACGUUCUUUCACGCUUGAUGCCUAAAUGUGUAAAGACAUCGCCCCCGGAUGAUGGGAAGCGCACAGUUUCAAUCUUUCAUGACUUUGGUGGCUAUCUACCUGACGAUCUUUUUCAGCGUGGAGUAACUAAAUUCAUCGAAAGCUUUCAAGUAGAAGAUAAUGAACCUACAUUAUCUUAUGAACAUGUGGAGAUGAACAUAGAUGAACUUCACCACGUGGUUCUGAAUGUAGCCACCAUCAAGCAUCGUCGUAUGUUCCAGGUAUAUCUGUUUCGUGUACGAAUAAAAUACAUGUAUUUAUUAUUUAAUUCAAUGGUGGUCAGUGACUAUUAAUUAAAAGCCCUGGGUUAAAUGCCAUCAUUUAUAUUAGUUUUUCUUUAUAAUGACCAAAAAUGACUACACAACCAAGUCAAACGUAUCAUGUCAUGUAUAAUUGAUCCUGUUAUUAAGGAAUAUGCUAUUAGAUGAAAUGAAGUAUAAAAAGAUAAUAAUAAAUACAAUAAAUAAUAUUAUUAAUAGGCCUAUAUAAUGUAUAUUAUUAUUAAUUAAUGUUAUUAACUAUAUAGGCUUAAUAAUUAGGUAUUUUCAAAUAAAAUAUGUCAAAACCACAACAAAUAUCCUUAACGAGGUACAUACGCUGUGUGUGUAAUGACGCCCACAUGCAUAUCGUGCGCAAGUUUGACAAGGAUGUGCUGCCAUGUGGAAGUAAUGGAAUAGAAGUGAAGUGUUACCGCCGACUAUUUGGAGAUGACGUGCCACAACAGAAGAUCUUUUAGAGUCUCAAGAAUUAGUAACCAAUCCCGAAGGCAAGUU